AUGCGUGAUAGCAGUGAGCUUGAAGAGUUGUCAUCCGGAGGGAGAAUAUGCAAUACAGCAAUAACAUCGAUGUCAACAAUUGGAGCACCCAAUGCUGCUGCUGCUGCUGCUGCUGCUGCUGCUGUUUGUCAGCAUCAGACACUCAAAGCGGGUCAAUCAAACACUGAGUAA